GAUAUAGCGGAGCGGCCGCUGCAGGGUCCGGAGGCGGUUAGGGGAACCCACCAGGCCGGAACCUUCUGGAACUCUUUCCUGAGGGAAUUGUGACGAAGAUGUGGACCAGUGGAUUUGAAAGCUAUAGCAGUUCCUCUUUUGGGGGAGCCGGAGGCUACACACAGUCCCCUGGGGGCUUUGGAUCACUGACACCUUCCCAAGCUGAAAAGAAAUCUAGAGCCCGAGCUCAGCAUAUUGUACCCUGUACCAUAUCUCAGCUGCUUUCUGCUACUCUGGUUGAUGAAGUGUUCAAAAUUGGAAAUGUUGAGAUUUCACAGGUCACUGUUGUGGGGAUAAUCAGAAAUGCAGAGAAGGCUGCAACCAACAUUGUUUACAAAAUAGAUGACAUGACGGCUGCACCCACGGAUGUCCGCCAGUGGGUUGACACAGACGAUGCCAGCACUGAAAACACUGUGGUUCCUCCAGAAACCUAUGUGAAAGUGGCUGGUCAUCUGAGAUCUUUUCAGAGCAAGAGAAGUCUGGGAGCCUUUAAGAUCAUGCCCCUGGCGGAUAUGAAUGAGUUCACCACACAUAUUCUGGAAGUAGUCGAUGCACACAUGAUGCUGAGCAAGUCUAACAGCCAGCCCUCAGCAGGGAGAGCACCUAUCAGCAAUCCAGGAAUGGGUGAAGCUGGGAACUUUGGUGGGAAUAGCUUCAUGCCAGCAAAUGGCCUCACUGUGGCCCAGCACCAGGUACUGAAUUUGAUUAAGGCUUGCCCAAGGCCUGAAGGAUUGAACUUUCAGGAUCUCAAGAAUCAGCUCCAACACAUGACCGUAGCCUCAAUCAAGCAAGCUGUGGAUUUUCUAAGCAACGAGGGACACAUCUAUUCCACUAUGGAUGAUGAUCAUUUUAAAUCCACAGACGCAGAAUAACUGGAUCUAAUUGGGUACCCGAAAUAUUUUCCAGCUGGACUUUUUAUGCAAUCUCUUGUCUCCAGCUGUGCAUAUAUUUGGCAGGUUGACUUCUAGGAAGGAGGUUUCAUCUAUAAAAGGUUUCAACUGACAUCCUUUUGAAACUUACUACUGUUCUGUGUUUUU